CGUCCUGACGGUGACAAAACACGUGAGCAAGAAUUUCGGACACGGUAUAAUCUUCCACGAGUUUCCGGUCUUAUGCGACCGUUUCCUGAUCAAACUUCUGGCUCUUUCAUGGCUGACUUGAGCCUGAGUGAUGUGAAUUCGGAAGGAAUAAGGCAACAGAUCAUUUCAAGCUGUAAGUGUCGAUCCUAUGGGGUGAUCGCAAAUGAAGUGCAUUUUGCAGAUCUCAUACCGGGGACCGGUGAGCCAGGAUCCACGCAGGCAAUGGCUGGCACAUUGAAUCAGCACGUACCAACCGACAAUAUGUUCACAACAAGCCAGGAUAUCGAUAAAAAGUUUGAAGUAUUCCCGGAAGUACAUAUGAAAAGUGAACCAAUUUAUAAAACUGCUGCAGAAUAUGAAAGGUAAUU